CACAAAAAAAAAAACAACGAGCAGAAACACAAUAGAGAGAGUGUUUAGAGAGCUUCGGUUUUCGCACAAAACCGCGAGUAUUGAGAGGAGCUGUUUUAUCCUGGAGACGACCGGUUGAUAGUCUGCCGUGCGCAUCGAAGGCAGUGCCGCGAACGUCUUAAAGAGAGCGACCUAGUCCGCGACUCAGCUCCAGAUUCGGUAACCUCGUUCCUUUUGUUGUUCCGUUCCUAACAAUUUUAAGACGUUCGGCUGCUGCUAUGUCGACUGAACAGAACAACAUGGCCGGAUCUGGUGCUGUCGAUAUCAAUCGACCCUUUCACUUCGUUGGGGUCAACUUCCGUCGCUGGAGGCAAAAGAUGGAGUUCUACCUAACAACCAAAAAGCUGGCCCACUGCCUCACCAGCAUGCCCGUCGAGCUGCCGGAAGAAGCGACCGAUGAGGAGAGGGCUGCUUCUGCCAGGGAAAGGGAGCAUGACUUCCUGUGCAAGAACUACAUCCUCAACGGCCUGGCAGACGAUCUGUACGACUACUAUGCGGACAGUAAGAACACCGCUAUGAUGAUCUGGGAUGCGCUCCAAAAGAAGUACGACACGGAGGAGGCUGGAGCUAAGAAGUAUGCUGUCAGCCGCUACCUGCGCUACCAAAUGGUGGAUGACAAGUCCGUCGAAGUUCAGUCCCACGAACUUCAGAAAAUAGCUCAUGAGAUCGUCUCUGAAGGUAUGCCUCUGGACGAUCAAUUUCAAGUUGCUUGCAUUAUUGAUAAGCUGCCCCCUUCGUGGAAAGAUUUUAAGAAUAUGCUUAGGCACAAAACCAAAGAAUUUUCACUGGAAAGUUUGAUUACUCGCCUAAGGAUUGAGGAAGAGUCCCGCAAGCAGGAUAUGAAAGAAGAGGUGAUGGUCGUCACUGUUAAACGACCCACCCCUAGAGCUCUUAAACCUAACCAGAAAGGGUUUAAGAGUAAGAACCAGCAGGUCCGCCCCCACCAGAAUGGUGCCUCUCGAGGUAACCAAAGGGUCAUGGCCCUAACCGCUAAGAAUGACCCACCGUUUAUCUGCUAUAACUGUGGAAAACCGGGUCAUAUGGCAAAGAAGUGUCGGAACAAGCAAAACCCUGCCGCUGCUGCCAGGGUUAACUUGACAGAAGAGGAUUUGAUAGCCAUGAUCACAGAAAUGAUCGCUGAAGUUAACCUCACCGGUGACUCAGAAGGAUGGUGGCUGGAUACAGGUGCAUCGAAGCAUGUAUGCAACAAUCGUGCUAUGUUUAAAACAUACACAGAAGCACCUGCUGACAAGAAAGUGUUGUUGGGGACUGCUCACACCACUAUGGUUGCUGGUUCUGGUGAAGUGGAGCUGAACUUCACCUCUGGGAAGAAGAUGGUGCUCAAGGAUGUGUUGCACACUCCAGAGAUAAGGAAGAAUCUUGUUUCGGGAUAUCUUCUUAAUAAGGCUGGGUUUAAUCAAACUAUUGGGGCAGACUUGUAUACCCUUACUAAGAAUGGGAGUUUUGUGGGAAAGGGAUAUGCAUGUAAUGGGAUGUUCAAGUUGAAUGUCGAAAUUAAUAAGAUGAAUUCUUCAGUUUACAUGGUGUGUGAUUUGAAUGUCUGGCAUGCGCGUCUUUGUCAUGUGAACACACGUAUUGUGAAGAAUUUAAGCAAGCUAGGACAUAUCCCUAAACUCUCAACGAAUGAAUUUGAUAAAUGUGAUUUCUGUAGCCAAGCUAAAAUAACGAAAACGCCCCAUAAAUCUGUGACUAGAGAAUCAGAACCCUUAGAUCUUAUUCAUUCUGAUAUUUGUGAACUAGAUGGGACGUUAACUAGGUCUGGCAAGAGAUACUUUAUCACUUUCAUAGAUGAUUGCUCUGAUUAUUGCUUUGUUUAUUUGAUGAAAAACAAAAGUGAAGCCCUUGAUAUGUUCAAGGUAUUUGUGGUUGAAUUUGAAAAUCAGUGCAAUCGAAAGAUAAAAAGACUUAGGAGUGAUAGAGGAUCAGAGUAUGACUCUAAUCCCUUCAAGGAAUUCUAUAGCUCACAUGGUAUCAUUCAUGAAACCACGGCUCCAUAUUCACCAGAAAUGAAUGGUAAAGCUGAGCGGAAAAAUAGGACGUUUACAGAAUUAGUUGUGGCUAUUAUGCUCAAUUCUGGAGCUGCUUCUUCUUGGUGGGGUGAUAUUUUGUUGACAGUUUGCUAUGUGCUAAACCGUCUUCCAAAAACAAAUAGAAAAGAAUCACCCUAUGAGAUCUUGAAGAAUAAGCCACCUAAUCUGUCCUAUUUAAGAACGUGGGGCUGUUUGGCCUACGUAAGAAUUCCGGAUCCUAAGAGGAUUAAAUUGGCUAGUCGAGCAUAUGAAUGUGUCUUCGUUGGCUAUGCAGCCAAUAGUAAGGCAUAUAGAUUCUAUUCUGGACCAAGUCAAGGACAAGGUCGUGGUGCUGGAAAUCGCCAAAGACCGGUGUGUACUCACUGCGGUGGUGUUGGUCAUACUGUGGAUCGGUGCUUCAAGAAGCAUGGAUAUCCGCCGGGCUACAAGGGUAAAGGCAAGGUUAAUGUUGUUGUUGCUGAGAACUCUCAAGAUGCUACUCCUUAGCCUAUGAUUGGUGACGGAUCUUCCACAAAAGCUGGUUCUGUGGUGCUCACUUCUGAGCAAUAUCACUUGCUCCUGGCUCAAGCCUUUGUCUCGGCGCCUUCACCUAGCUCAGUCUCCUGUCUUGUGGCUUCCAAUCCAACAGUUGCUUCUACAUCAACCACACACCCUGGAGCAGCAUAGCAUAACUGGAAUCAGCCGAGUAAGCUUGGUGCUCAUGCUGCUGCAGGUAAGUACAUUCUCACUUCUGCUAGUCUAGGAUCAGUAGAUAAUUCAACUAGGACCUGGAUUGUAGAUAGUGGUGCGACUGAUCACGUGACUUGUUCGCUAGACCUGUUCGUAAAUUUAGAACAAUAACUGGUAUGUAUGUUACUCUACCUGAUGGUUCCCGCAUAGCUGUUACUCACAAGGGUACAGUGUUGUUGUCUGAUUCGUUGACUGUCCAUGAUGUGUUAAUGAUCCCGUCGUUCACUUUCAAUCUGUUGUCUGCAAGUAGAUUAGCUAAAUAUAACAAUUGUGAAUUGAUAUUUUCCCAUUCACAUUGUUUGAUUCAGGAUAUCCCGUCCCGGCAGAGGAUUGGUAUAGCUAAGCAGAUUACGGGGUUGUACUACCUCAAAGUCGAAUCUGGACGAGAUCUAUCCCUUCUAUCUUUACCUGUUGCUUUGUCUGCUGUUUUCGAUACUACUAUUAGGCAGUUUGAUCAAUGGCAUUAUCGCCUUGGUCAUAAUUCAACUCCUGGACUAAGUGAUAUUAGGAAUAAAUGUCUAGACUUACACUGUUCAGUCUGUCCUAUAGCUAAACAACGGCGUUUUCCAUUUCAGUCCAACAUGUCUUAUGCUGCCAACUUGUUUGACUUAGUUCAUAUCGACAUAUGGGGUCCUUACAAUGUUCCUACUAUUGAUGGACAUCGCUAUUUUCUCACUUUUGUUGAUGACCAUUCACGAAAUACAUGGUGUUACUUGUUGACUUCUAAGUCAGAGGCUAGGCCAAUUCUUCAAACUUUCUGUUCUUAUGUGCAAACUCAAUUUAAUAGAAAGGUUAAAUCUAUUAGGACUGAUAAUGGUGCUGAAUUUAAUAUGCCUUCCUUUUAUAAUUCCUAGAGCAGAUUCUUUCCAUCUUGAAGAGUAUGACUGCUUUGUUUUCUGUUUUUCCUCUCUCUCUUUCUAUGGAGUAGAACCCUCUCUCACUUGGGUAUGAAGAACCCUAGUUCCAUGUGUUAGGGAUAUCGAUUGCAAUGACGUUUGGAUUGUGAUACUGCUUGAUUAUAAUCGAUUGAAGUGUUUUGAUUAAGUCAAUUGAAGUCUGAUAAUCUUUUAUUAAUUUAUGCUGCAACUUGAGAUAGAUAGAAUCUAAUUAGGUUGUUAGAGCUUCUUCAAUCGGUAGUAGUGAAUCGAUUAUACGAGAGUUAGUCGAUUCACUGCUUUGAACUGGAAUCCAAUUCCAGUAGUGGAGUUCUGUGUUAAUUGCCUCAGCGUUCUAUCUCGGUGAAGACUAGUCGUCUGCCAGGUAGUCUGUUUGAGAGCGCUUGGUCAGCUUAAGAGAUUCUAAGCUACUGUUGGAUCUUCCGCAGUUUAAUCAGCAGUAAAUCAACCAAACGUAAUUACAACUUUGACCUAACUAAGGAGCUAGAGGGACUCAUUCCCGAGUGACUCUUACUCUGCUUAAGAACUUCGAACCAUUUCCUGCUUUCUUACUACUUUAGCUUAAAAUCACAUUCACUCAACUUAGUCUUGCUAGAUAAUAGAUAAUCACGGAAUAGGCAGUAGACCUAGACCCCAGGUUGAUAAAUAGAACUUGUCACUAUUUUGCAUUUUCGAACUGCGAUUACACAUGGUCGCAAUUUGGUGUUGUGUUUUAACUUGUCAAUGGUUGAUAUAUAGUUUGGAACAUUUAUUGAUAUUUAUUAUCCAAAAUUAAUUGUCUUUACACCC